GUUUCUGGUAAAACCCAAAUGGUUAGUGGGGGUCCAAAAUUCUCCAACACCUUUAUUCUCACCUCUAAUUCCUCAUCCACACCAAAUCUCCGCUUCCCCCGGCUCCCGCAUCUCACCAACCAUGGCUGCCGCCUCCGACUGCGACGCCGGCGCUGGCGCCCAGCAGCGCGACGAUCCUAACCUCCUCCCCUUUGCUUCCUUCUCGCUCUCCCUCUCCGUCCGCGUCCCGGCCGUCCCCGCCGUCGCCUCCACCAUCCACCUCCCCACCCAAAUCUCUACGCUCGCCGUCUGCCUUCACCCCUCCUCCGCCGCGGCACCGUCCUCCUCCCGCCGCUCCACCCGCCUCAACUCGGCCGCCUCCUCGGUCCUCUCCCCGCUCCCGGCCUCUACUCCGGGCCUCUCCCACUCCUUCCCCUCCGGCGCGCCCGCUGCCGCCGGUCGCCGCCGCACGCUCGUCUGGUUCCGCGCCGACCUCCGCCUCCACGACCACGAGCCGCUCCACGCCGCCGCUGGGGCCUCCUCCUCCCUCCUCCCCGUCUUCGUCUUCGACCCGCGGGACUUCGGUAAGUCCCCCUCGGGGUUCGAUCGCACCGGCCCGUACCGCGCCAACUUCCUACUGGACUCCGUCGCUGACCUGCGCCGGAGCCUCCGCGCGCGCGGCGGGGACCUGGUGAUUCGGGUGGGGAGGCCCGAGGUGGUGAUCCCCGAGCUCGCGCGGGCGGCGGGCGCGGAGGCCGUGUACGCGCACGGGGAGGUGUCGCGGGACGACUGCCGCGCCGAGGAGAGUGUGCGCAAGGCUGCGGAGAAGGAGGGCGUCGAUGUCAAGUACUUCUGGGGCAGCACGCUGUACCACGUCGAAGACCUGCCCUUCCGGCUCGAGGACAUGCCGUCCAACUAUGGCGGGUUCAGGGAGGCCGUGAAGGGGUUGGAGGUCAGGAAGGUGCUCGAGGCGCCCGAGGAGAUCAAGUGCGUGCCCAUGAAGAAUGUGCUUGACCCUGGCGACAUCCCCACGCUCUCGGAGCUUGGGCUCACUGCGCCACCGGCCAUGGCACAAGACUCAAAACCUGCUGUUGGUUCUACCCUCAUUGGUGGUGAGGCAGAAGCUCUGGAGAGAUUGAAGAAGUUUGCUGCAGAAUGCUGUAUGCAGUCAAACAAAGCAGACAAAGACAGUACUCGAGAUAGCAUAUAUGGUGCUAAUUUCUCCUGCAAAAUUUCACCGUGGCUUGCUACGGGGUGCCUCUCUCCACGGUUCAUGUACGAGGAGUUGAAGAAGCAUGCUACAAGAGCAAUUCCAUCUGGGGCAGCACCCAAGAACGGUGAUGGCACAUCUGAUGCUGGAACAAAUUGGUUAAUGUUUGAACUGCUAUGGAGAGAUUUCUUCAGGUUUGUAACAAAGAAGUACAGUUCUGCACAGAAGACCUCUGAAGUUGCCACCGGUUGCACCCCUGCCCCUGCUCUUGCAUGAACAUAGUUAGACAAAGCUGAUGACCAGCUGUUUUUUUUGAACUUAUGCAAACUUUGAAUGGAGUUUGAUCCCCACCCCCCCCCCCCCCAAAAAAAAUGUUGCUAGUGAAAGUGAUGCCCUGAGUGAGCUAUUCUUGCAUUUUGGACUAAAUUUGAUCUCAGAAGAGACCUGUAUCUGUCGGCAUUCCUCCAUAGACAGUUCGAUGUUACUACCUCGAAUGCUUGCUUUGGUUUCUUUCUUGACAAGAGCAGUGCUCACGCUGCCUUCACUUCGAUAGUAAUUGUUAUUAGUGUUUAGCCAGUUUGAUCUCAUAGUUGUUACGGUUGAUAAUCAAUUUAGCAACUGCAACAGCGGUUAUUGUUAUCCGUUGGGGAGAGAUGUCUUCCCAACAGCAACUCAUCCAUUCAAUCUGUAAAAAUGUACAACAACAUUGCAAUGGAAAAUAUUCAAUUUAUUCUUUA